UGAAGCCCAAUAAUGUGUAUUGGGCUAAUUUUUUUUUGUAAAGUGUUUUAUUUAUUUCACACUCGUUCGUCUUCGUCUAGAGAGAGAUGGCAACGGCGUCGUUUAGGUGGAUUCUGCAGCUUCACAGAGACGUACCAAAAGCUGCUCGAUUCUAUGCGCAAGGUCUCGACUUCUCCGUCAAUGUCGUCACUUUACGCUGGGCUGAGCUCCAUUCUGGUCCUCUCAAGCUAGCUCUUAUGCAAUCUCCUAGCGAUCAUGUUGCUGAGAAGGGAUACUCAUCGCUUCUAUCGUUCACAGUCACAGACAUUAAUACAACAGUGACCAAACUUAUGGCUUUGGGAGCAGAAUUAGAUGGCACUAUCAAGUAUGAGAUACAUGGAAAGGUUGCGGCUAUGAGAUGCCCUGAUGGUUACAUGUUAGGGCUUUAUGAGGCUGCAUAAGCAUAUGGAUAGAAAUAGAAUUGAAGCCUGAAAGAAAACCAAUUCUGCAUAGAAUAGGUUUUGUUUUAAGAAAUCAUAUUCAUAAGCUCUUUGAAGCUUUUGUUUACUUCUAAGAAACCAAAGCCACUAUUAGAGAAGUUGAGAAAGGUGAAACUUUGAGGCCCAAGAGACCAACCGCCUGUCCCGCAUUUGGUUUAUAGGAUGCGGCUAUGAAGUUUAUUGAGUUGGACAUUGUACCAUGAACUGGGGAUCCUAAACUCAUCUCAUGGUUGAUAAAGAUUUGUUAUUUUCUGCCUCGCUUGAUCGAUUACAGAGAAAUUAUGAUUCUAUGUCCUAUGUCGUUACGAUAGGGACCAAAGAGACUAAUAGGCAACUUUUACAUGCCACUCAAAUUUUCUUUGUGGGAGUUUUGUUUAUAAAUUGGUUCAUGUUCAAGUUGCUCUUCACAUUGUUUCUC